ACACAAACUCAUCAAUCAAAAAAAAAGUGAAAGGUAAGAGUAAAGAUAUGUUGACAUGUUCAAGCUAACAAACAGUAUUGAUUUCAUCACUCACAGAAAUUCUAAAGCAUUUGAAAAAUAAAAUUCAGAACCAAUAUUGGUUUGUCUUCCUCAUCCUCAAUGGGUUUAUAUUUUCACCACCUGUUUAUUUUUCUUUUCCUUGUACCUUCUGUUGUGUGCCAAAUUAAAGAUUUUAUCAGCAUAGACUGUGGAGGUACCAGCAAUUACACAGACAAAAGUACAGGUUUAAUAUGGAUUUCAGACGUGGGAAUCAUGAGCCAGGGCUCAUCAGUAGAGGUAGAAAAUCCACAAGGAAACUUGGUGCAAUAUCAAAGACGCAGAGAGUUUCCAGUAGACAACAAGAAGUAUUGCUACACUCUGAGAACCCAGGAGAGAAGGAGGUAUCUAGUACGGGCAACAUUUCUGUAUGGAAGCCUGAAAGACGAAGAGACAUACCCGAAAUUCCAGCUCUAUUUGGAUGCGACUCAGUGGUCUACGGUGACCAUAUUUGAUGCUUCAAGGACAUAUGUGAACGAAAUGAUUAUCAGGGCACCGUCAGAUUCCAUUGAUGUUUGCCUUUGCUGUGCAACAACUGGGUUUCCAUUCAUUUCCACUGUUGAACUUCGUCCUCUGAAUCUUUCUAUGUAUGCCACAGAUUUUGAGGAUAGUUUCUUCUUGGAAGUAGCAGCUAGAGUAAACUUUGGUGCUCUAACCAAAGAUGUCUUAAGGUACCCAGAUGAUCCUUAUGACAGAUUUUGGGAUUCAGAUCUUGAUAAACGGCAAAAUUAUUUAGUAGGGGUCGCUCCUGGAACAGAGAGGAUUCAAACUUCGAGAAAUGUAGAAACAAAGUUUAAGGAAUUCCCACCUGUUAAAGUAAUGCAAACUGCCGUGGUUGGCACAAAAGAAAGGAUUAGUUACAGAUUGAAUUUGGAAGGUUUUCCUGGAAAUGCUCGAGCUUAUGCAUAUUUUGCAGAAAUUGAAGACUUGGGUCCAAAUGAGACCAGGAAGUUCAAAUUGGAGGAACCUUAUAUACCUGACUACAGUAAUGCAGUUGUCAAUAUUGCUGAGAAUGCCAAUGGAAGCUACACUCUUUAUGAACCCAGCUAUAUGAAUGUGAGUUUGGAGUUUGUUCUCUCAUUUGCCUUUGUUAAGACCCCGGAUUCUACUCGAGGGCCGCUUCUAAAUGCGAUGGAAAUAUGUAAAUAUGUAAAGAUUGCUGCAAAGACUGAAAGGCAAGAUUUGGCUGUUGUCAACGCCUUUCGCUUCAUGUCUGCUGCAAGUGAGUCUAGCAAUGAAGGUGAUCCUUGUGUUCCAACUCACUGGGAUUGGGUGAAUUGUAGCUCCACUGUACCACUGAGAAUUACCAAAAUUGACCUCUCAGGAAAAGAUGUGAAGGGUGCAAUCCCAUCUGAAAUCAACAACUUGGAUAGUUUGACAGAGUUAUGGUUGGAUGGUAACUCUAUUACAGGACCACUCCCUGACAUGAGUAAUCUUAUCAAUUUAAAGAUCCUGCAUCUAGAGAACAACAGAUUGACUGGUUCUUUGCCUUCUUACCUGGGCAGUCUGCCAAGCUUACAAGAACUGUACAUACAGAAUAACUCUUUCAGCGGAGAGAUUCCUUCAGGAUUAUUAAGUGGGAAAGUCGUUUUUAGAUAUGAGGAUAAUCCCAGCCUACACAAGGGGACACAAAGUAAGAACCAUGUUAAGCUCUUAGUUGGAACUUCAGUGGGGGUACUUGUGCUUGUAUCAGUUCUAUUCUUGGGAAGUUUGCUAUUGUUUCGUAAUAUUCGGAAAAAAGCAUCUCAUGGAAAAGGUGAUGAAAAAGGUGACUCUAUGAGAGUCAGCACCAAGCCUUCAACUCCCUAUUCAAUUUCCAGAGGUGGGCUUUUGAUGGAUGAAGGCAUAGCUUGCUACUUCACACUCUCUGAGCUGGAAGAAGCCACUAAUAAUUUUUCAAGGAAAAUUGGCAAAGGAAGUUUUGGAUCUGUUUAUUAUGGAAAGAUGAAAGAUGAAAAAGAGGUGGCCGUUAAGAUCAUGGCAGAUUCAUCUAGCCAUGGGGACCAGCAAUUUAUGACUGAGGUAGCCCUCUUGUCAAGGAUUCAUCAUAGGAAUUUGGUUCCUUUAAUUGGAUACUGUGAAGAAGAAAAUCAACGUAUUCUUGUUUAUGAGUAUAUGCACAAUGGAACACUGAGGGAUCACAUACAUGGUAUCAACCAGAAGCGCUUAGACUGGCUAGCUCGCCUUCGUGUUGCUGAAGAUGCAGCUAAAGGCCUUGAGUACUUACACACUGGAUGCAACCCCAGUAUCAUCCACCGGGACGUGAAAACAAGCAAUAUUCUCCUUGACAUCAAUAUGAGGGCAAAAGUGUCUGAUUUUGGGCUGUCAAGGCAAGCUGAGGAAGAUUUAACCCAUAUAUCAAGUGUGGCACGAGGAACUGUAGGCUACCUAGACCCUGAGUACUAUGCUAGUCAGCAACUGACUGAAAAAAGUGAUGUCUAUAGUUUUGGGGUUGUUCUACUUGAGCUGAUUUCAGGAAGAAAGGCUGUCUCGAAAGAAGACUAUGGUGCUGAAUUGAACAUUGUUCACUGGGCAAGAUCUUUAAUUCGAAAAGGGGAUGUGAUAAGCAUCAUAGAUCCUUUUAUAGCAGGAAAUGUGAAAACAGAAUCCAUAUGGAGAAUUGCUGAAGUUGCAAUCCAAUGUGUUGAACAACAUGGAGUUUCAAGACCAAGAAUGCAGGAAAUAAUCUUGGCUAUACAAGAUGCUAUCAAGAUUGAGAGAGGAACUGAAGGCAAUGAAAAAUUAUCUUCUGGUAGUUGGAAAGCACAGUCGUCUCGAAAAACUUUACUAACAAGCUUUCUUGAAAUCGAGAGCCCUGACUUAUCAAAUGGUUGCUUAGUCCCAUCUGCAAGAUAAAUUCUAUGCCAUCACCGCCACCACCACCACCACCACCAAAGAUUUGAAGAUGUGGAAGUAAUAUAUGGUGGUCCUCGAUCAUAUGAAAUACUGUUUUGCUUCUAACACACAUGAACACUAGCUUUUCUCAUACAAGAAUUGCAAUGCUUUUGCUAAGUAUAAAAUAUGAACCAGCCAGAAAAAUCAGCUUUCUUUCUUUCUGUUUGGACAUAGGAAAAUCAGCUUUAUUUGCUAGUUGAAGUUGGACAUGCAUAUUUUGGUUUGUAGUUUGCUGUAAAUCUGUUCAACUUAUAUGUAGCAAAUUAAGCCAAGCCAAGUUGUUUAUAAUUACAGUUGGUUUUGGAAA